AUGUCUCAAGUCAAGCACUUCAGCGCCAACGCCAGCGCCAGCGACGUCUUUCAGCAUCUGAAGGCUGACGGCGUCGUCGUGAUCGAGGGCGCGGCAACUCGUCAAAGUAUCGACGCUACCUUGACCGAAAUUGGCCAAACAUCGGGUGGCGUUGCCUUUAGCCUCGCCGCCAAGAGUCCCACCUUUGCUCGAGACCUUCUAAUGAACCCCUUGUACCUUGAUAUCGCGGACCGCUUUCUCACGGAUACCUGCAUCAUCUACUACGAGAAGGAGAGGACAGUGUCCACAUCGACUCCUCAGGUCUCUCAGACAUCCAUCAUCACGGCUGAGCCGGGUUCUGCACCAUGGGGGCUCCGCAGACAAGACCAAUGCCACCACAUCACCCAUCCUGCCAAGCGCGAGGCCGAUGUGGGUAUUCUAUAUGCGGCCACCGACAUGACGACUGAGAAUGGAGCCAUUCGUGUGGUUGUAGGCUCAAACCACUGGACCGAUGAUCGCGAUCCACUCCCGGAAGACGAGACUCUGGUUGAGCUUCGAAAGGGCGAUACCAUCAUGUGCUUGGGGUCAGUCUACUAUGGACAGGCGCCCAAUAGGACGGACAAGACAAGCAUACUGCUCAGCGCAUUCUCCACGCCUGGCUAUCGCCGUCAGGAAGAGAACCAGUAUCUUGCCGUUCCUUGGGAGGUGGCAGAGAAAUAUCCCACCGAGGUACAGAGGUUUCUUGGUUACUCCGUCAGUCGCCCUUAUGGAGGAGCCGUGGAGCACAUGGAACCUUUGGAUUUCCUCAAGGUCAAGGGUGACUGGACAAAGUACAUUCCAGUGGACCUCAUCUAG